UCCCCCCUUUUUUUCUUCUUUUUUUCUACCCCCGUAGCUUGCCGGGUCGUAGGUUGCUCUGAUAGUGGCGAGUGGAAACAUGGGACUACCCGCCCUGGAGUUCAGUGACUGCUAUCUGGACAGCCCGCACUUCCGAGAGCGGCUCAAGUCUCAUGAGCUGGAGCUGGACAAGACGAGCAAGUUCAUCAAGGAGCUGAUUAAAGACGGGAAGGCGCUGAUCCAGGCUCUGAAAAAUCUGUCCACGGCCAAGAGGAAGUUUGCUGAGUCGCUGAACGAGUUCAAGUUCCAGUGUAUCGGAGAUGCCGAGACCGAUGAUGAGAUUUGCAUAGCCAAAUCCCUGCAGGAGUUUGCAGGAGUCUUGCAGAAUCUUGAAGAUGAGAGGACGCGGAUGAUUGAGAAUGCCAGCGACGUGCUGAUCAUGCCUUUAGAGCGCUUCAGAAAGGAGCAAAUCAGUGCAGCAAAGGAAGCCAAGAAAAAAUAUGACAAAGAGACUGAGAAGUACUGUGCAGUACUGGAGAAGCACCUUAGCCUUUCAGCAAAGAAAAAGGAGUCACAUUUACAUGAAGCGGACAGCCAGGUAGACAAUGUACGGCAGCAUUUUUACGAGGUCUCUCUGGAGUACGUCUUCAAGGUGCAGGAGGUUCAAGAGAGGAAGAUGUUUGAAUUUGUUGAGCCCUUGCUGGCGUUCCUCCAAGGCCUGUUCACCUACUAUCAUCAUGGAUACGAAUUGGCCAAAGACUUCAAUCACUUCAAGACUGACCUUACCAUCAGCAUACAGAAUACGAGGAACCGCUUUGAGAGCACGCGGUCCGAGGUGGAGAGUCUGAUGAAGAAGAUGAAAGAGAAUCCUCAUGAGCACAAGAGUGUGAGCCAGCACACCAUGGAGGGCUAUCUCUUCGUGCAGGAGAAACGUUCAUUUGUGUCUAGCUGGGUGAAGUACUACUGUACAUAUCAUCGGGAGCCCAAGAGGAUCACCAUGGUCCUGUUUGAUCAGAAAUCAGGAGGGAAAGUGGGAGAGGAGGAGAGCUUCACCCUCAAGUCCUGCACCAGGAGGAAGACGGACUCCAUAGAGAAGAGGUUCUGCUUUGAUGUGGAGGCUGUGGACAGGCAAGGGGUGAUCACCAUGCAGGCUUUGUCAGAAGAGGACCGGAGGUUAUGGAUGGAAGCCAUGGAUGGAAGAGAGCCGGUAUACAAUCUGAACAGAGAUAACCAGACUGAAGGCAUGGCCCAGCUGGAUGUGAUAGGGUUCAACGUGAUAAAGAAAUUCAUCUAUGCAGUGGAAACUCGAGGAAUUGAUGAGCAGGGCUUGUACAGAAUUGUAGGAGUCAGCUCCAGAGUACAAAAACUAUUAGGCCUUGCCAUGGAUCCUAAGACAUGUGCCGAUGUGGAAUUGGACAGCCCGGAGUGGGAGAUUAAGACCAUUACCAGUGCUAUCAAGCACUACCUAAGAAUGCUGCCAGCUCCACUUAUGACCUACCAGUAUCAGAGGAGCUUCAUCAAAGCUGCCAAGCUGGAAAACCCAGAGGCCAGGAUGACGGAAAUCCAUGCUAUCGUCCAGCGGCUGCCUGAGAAGAACAGACAGAUGCUGGAGCUGCUGAUCAAACACCUAGCCAAUGUGGCCAGUCAUCACCAAAAGAACCUGAUGACCGUGGCCAAUCUGGGUGUGGUCUUUGGGCCUACUUUGCUCCGCCCACAGGAAGAGACAGUGGCAGCCAUCAUGGACAUAAAGUUUCAGAAUAUCGUAGUGGAAAUCCUCAUAGAGAAUCAAGAGAGGAUAUUCAGAGAUAUGCCGAGUUCUGUCAGCGGUCCGGCCAAUCUACAGCUCAACUUGUCCCGGAGAAAGAGCACAGAGAGCAAGGCUCCAUCCUGCAGCGAGAGACCACUCACACUGUUCCACACGCCCACACAUAAUCAGAAAGGUGAGAAGAGGAACAGUGUGGUGAACUCCACAGAGUUGCAGCCGGCGCUCUCUGCCUCGGCCAACUGCAGCAGCAGCAGCAGUAGCAGCAGCAGCAGCCAGAGCCGGACGCCCAGACAUAGCCUGACCAGCGCCGAUGGGGACCAGGAGCCCCGGCGGAGCAGGCCCAACUCCUUGCUCAACCCAAAGAGUCGUGCCAGUGUUCCAACUAGUGUGCCGUCCCCUAGCCCCGUCUCACCGCGCUCUCCCUCGUGGCCGAUGUUCUCGGCCCCCUCCAGCCCCCAGCCGACCUCCUCUGCCUCCAGUGACUCCUCACCUGUCAGCUUUGUCGGGAGGAAGGCUCGAGCGUUGUAUGCCUGCAAGGCAGAGCAUGACUCAGAGUUGUCCUUCAUCGCUGGGACCGUCUUUGAAAAUGUUCAUCCUUCGAGGGAGCCUGGCUGGUUAGAAGGGACUCUAGAUGGUAGAACAGGGCUGAUACCAGAGAACUACGUGGAGUUCGUAUAGUCCAAGGAACCUGUCAAAUCUGGACUAGAUGCCCACUGGAUCAAAG